AUGACAUAUUCAAAACCAAUAUUUGAUUUAUUUGAUAAUAAUUAUAAUAACUAUUAUACUUCAAACAUAAUGCAACAACAACAAGCACAACAAAUUAAUGAUAUAAGUACAAGUCCAACAUCCAAAAGAAUACAUCCAAAUUUAUCAUCUUCUUCAACUUCAAUUAAUUCAAUUUUUGAUGGUAUUCCAUCUAGAUCAAUCUCAACAACUACAAUAACACCAGUUUUAUCAAGACAUAAUUCUUCAAAACAUAAAAUAGAUUAUGAUUUUACAAAAAUAAUAGAUUCAAAACUUAAAGAAGUUACAUCAUCAUUAAAACUUGUCAUUUUAUUAGUCGGAUUACCAGCAUCUGGAAAAUCAACAAUAUGCAACCAAUUAAAUCAACACAUAAAUAAUCAUACAAAAUUUUCACUGAGGAUAUUUAAUGCAGGUGAUGUAAGAAGAAGAAAUAGUGAUUCAAGUGAUAGCUCAUUUUUUAACCCGAAUAACUUGCAAGGUGUAAAUGAUCGUGAAAAAUUUGCAACCAUAACGGUACAAAAUCUUAUUCAUUUAUUAGUUUCAAAUGAGAUAGAUUGUGGCUUCUUGGAUGCUACUAAUACAACAAGAGAACGUCGUAAUAGAAUGAUCAAGCUCAUAAAUAACAAUAUAUCAAAUGUUAAAAUAGUAAUACUUGAUGUUAGAUGCAAUGACAAUAGAUUAUUAAAUUAUAAUAUUGCUGGUAAGACAACAAAUUCAGAUUACAAAAAUAAAGAUUAUGAAUUAGCUAUCAAAGAUUUUAAAAUGAGGACAGAACAUUAUAAGAAAGUAUAUCAACCAAUAACAAAGUCGGAAUUGGAAAAUUAUGAAAAUUUGAGCCUUUAUGUUAAAGUAAUGAAUGGUGGACAAGAAUUUGAAAUUGAAACUAUACGAAAUGACAAUGAGCAAGAUGAUGAUUAUAAGGAUUGGGUUGAUAUUUUGAAUGGGUUUAAAGACGAUUAUUAUGAAUUGGAGGGGAAGAAGUAUUUGGAAAUGGUUAAUCGCUGGUAUAAUUAG